AUUCAAUUAGUUGUUUAACAUUAUUGAUGUUAAUAACGAUAUGUUCGUUAGCUAUAGAUAUGUCCGACCAAACUGUUGGCUAUAAUAAUAAUAAUAAUACUAUUAAUACUAAUAAUAAUAAUAGUAUUAAUGAUUUUCGUGUUUCCGGUUCAAAUACAAAAGUUGUCUAUCAAUAUCAGGUGCCAUGGGUUGUAUCCAUACGUAACUGGAAAAACGGUGAUCUCAUAUGCGGUGGUGUUAUAGUUGAUAAGUAUUGGUUACUAACAUCAGCCCAAUGUAUUGCCGAUCGAUCGGAGGCAUCAAUGUACAUAUCGUCGGGUAGCAGUGAUUUGAAAACAAUUAAACAUAAAAAUAAUGUCGAUAAAUUUGUUUUACCCAACGGUGCAUCACGAACCAAACUACCCGAAAGUCAAGUUAAUCAACUAACAAACAAUAUAGCAAUGAUCAAAAUUAAAUCACCUGGAUUCGAUUUUAAAGAUUCUGUUAAAGUUAAAAAGGCUAAAUUAGAUCAAGAUCCAAACAUGCGAGGCGAGGAACUGUAUGUGUAUGGUUGGGGAAAGCCUACAAAUGUUAUGGGCAAAGAAAUCUAUCAAAAUCAAUUGGAAAUGACUAAAUCUAGUGUUUUUGAUGAAAGUUAUUGCAACAUAAAAUCAAAAUCUAAAAAUCUAAUUUGUUUGGUUGGUAGUAACGCAGGAGCUACAUAUUUUGACCGUGGUGGUCAAGUAACAGGUAUACAUUCAACUGAUAUAUCCGAAGUAGUUGGUAUAAUAUCGUACACUCACUACGAUAUUAAAAAAAGAGCUGUUAAAUAUUCAGUGGUAACUUUUGUACAACCAUAUUUGAGCUGGAUUAAAUCAACAAUUAAAACUAAAUAA